AUGGCGAGAGCUCUUCUCGAUAGCGGAUCUCAGGCAAAUCUGAUCACGGAGAGAUUGUGCCAAGUCUUGAAGCUGCCACGGAAACAAAUUAGCGUUCCAAUCGCUGGUGUAGGCAAUGCGCGGGUUCAGAUAAACAGUUCUGUGUCUGCCACGAUAGCUUCGAGAAUCACUGAUUACGUCAUCCCGAUGGACUUCUUAGUUCUAAAGAAAGUAACAGAGGAUCAGCCUUCGACGACGAUUCCGGUCAGUAAUUGGAACUUACCAUCAGAUAUGGUUCUGGCGGAUCCAGGUUUCAACAAGCGAGCUCCAAUUGAUCUUCUGCUAGGAUUGGAGUAUUUCUACGAGUUCUUGUUACUCAAUGGUGGUCGGGUUCAAAUACAGCGGGUAGGUGAAGGAAUUCCACUUUUUGUCAACACUGUGUUUGGAUGGAUAGCAGCCGGUAAAGCGGAUUUGGGUAGCCUUAACCCGAUUCCAUGCUGUCACGUAACGGCCAAUACGACUCUGGAGGAGAAAAUAGAACGAUUUUGGAGCAUUGAGGAGUUGCAGGACGUUCCACGGCGUACUCAAGAAGAACAGGACUGUGAGGAGCAUUUUCAAGCCACUUUUUCACGUGAUUCAGAGGGGAGAUACGUGGUACGUCUGCCGAAGCGAACGGGUUUCGAGCAGAUGAUCGGCGAGUCGAGGAACACGGCCCUCCGUAGACUUCUGCAACUUGAACGGCGGUUGGACAAGGACUCAAAUCUGCGAAAGGGUUACAACGAAGCGAUGCAGACUUACUUGGAGCUAAACCACAUGAUAGUAGUUCCGGAGAAUGUUUUGAAACACGAGAAUCGUCUCGCUUGUUAUCUGCCUCAUCAUCCGGUCAUCAAAGAAUCGAGCACGACGACGAAGAUUCGACCAGUAUUCGACGGUUCCGCUAAAACUACUUCGAAUUAUUCUCUAAACGACGCUUUGAUGAUAGGGCCAGUCCUUCAAGAUCCUCUUUUUGAUCUGGUUCUUCGUUUUCGUAAACACGCAGUUGCUCUCGUCGCAGACAUCGAGAAGAUGUAUCUGCAGGUGAGAGUGCAUCCAGAUGACACCUCUCUACAGCGGAUUUUGUGGAGAUUCUCGCCGGAGGAACCGAUAACAACAUACGAAAUGAACCGUGUCACUUUCGGUUUAGCUCCAUCUUCGUACCUCGCAACACGUUGCUUGCAGCAGUUAGCAGACGACGAAGGAGAUCUGCACCCACGAGGAAAGGAAGCGCUUGUCAACGACUUCUACGUGGACGAUUACGUCGGUGGGGCAGAUUCCGAGUUUGAAGCUAUUUUGAUGCGGCAGGAUUUGGAGCAGCUAAUGCCUAAAGGAGGUUUUCGGCUGCGCAAAUGGAUGUCCAACGCAAAGGGUGCAUUGGAAGGUCUGCCUCCAGAGGAUUUAGGAACUCAGUCUACGCUGAAUUUCGAUCAAGAGCAGGUUAAAACGCUAGGGAUUCAUUGGCGACCAGGGCCGGACGUGCUGGGUAUCGACGUGUCAAACUUUACUGUAAACGGACAGUGGACUAGGCGUAAGGUGUACUCCGUCAUCGCUCAGCUGUGGGACCCUAGCGGUAUUACGGCUCCAGUCAUUUCUUGGGCCAAGAUACGGAUGCAGCUUUUGUGGGUAGCAGUUCAAGGAUGGGAUGAUCCCCUGUCCGAAGAAUUAUCCAACCGGUGGACCGAGUUUUACCAUCAACUACCCCUCCUUUCGGAAAUCGAAGUGAAGCGGCACGCUUUCACUAACUAUCCGAUGUUGAUUUAG